GGCCGCCUCCCCCAGCAGCAUCUACAUAGGCGGAAGGCUUUGCUGCAGGACAGUGCUGCUGAGGCUCCAGAGGCACACCGGAGAGAUCCCAAGAUCCUGACGCGAUGAGGAAGCACCUGGGCGGAUGCUGGCUGGCCAUUGUCUGUGUCCUGCUGUUGAGCCAGCUCUCGGCAGUCGAGGCCAGGGGCAUAAAGCACAGGAUCAAGUGGAACCGGAAGGCCUUGCCCAGCACCUCCCAGGUCACCGAGGCGCACUCGGCCGAGAUCCGCCCUGGAGCCUUCAUCAGGCAAGGCCGCAAGCUGGAUAUCGACCUCGGGCCCGAGGGCAACAGGUACUACGAGGCCAACUACUGGCAGUUCCCCGACGGCAUCCACUAUAACGGCUGCUCCGAGGCCAACGUGACGAAGGAGAAGUUUGUCACCGGCUGCAUCAACGCCACCCAGGUGGCCAACCAGGAGGAGCUGUCCCGCGAGAAGCAGGACAACAAGCUUUACCAGCGGGUCCUGUGGCAGCUGAUCAGAGAGCUCUGCUCUGUCAAGCGCUGUGACUUUUGGCUGGAGAGGGGAGCCGGGCCCCGGGUGGCCGGAGACCAGCCCGUGCUGCUCUGCCUGCUGGCUUUCAUUUGGUUUAUCGUGAAAUAAGCUUGCAGGCGGGCCGGCGGCCACAGGGAUGAGGGGGUGAGCCAUCCGCUGGGGUCUCCCAGUUCCCCGCCAGGCCCAGACCCCCACGUGUCCCCAAGGUACCAAAGAUCAGGGAUCGUCAGGGCCUCAAGCGGCACUGGCGAGGACUCCCUGGGGUACCUGUUUGUGGGGGGUAAAUGUGUGUGCACGCAGGCUCUCCCAAGGGCGGCCUGUCAGUCUCUGCCUUCUCGGCUCCCCCGUAGUGCCUGGCAUGUCGCACUCUGCAACAAAUAAAUGUUCAGUGAACAGAGAAGAGAACGCACCAGGGACCAGGCCACACGCUCCACAGUAUUCCCAACCCCUCCGAGAGGCAGGUGUUAUCCCCACGUGCAGUCAAGGACACUAAGGCUCAGGCAAUGAAGCGGCUAGAAAGUAGCAGAGCCAAUAUUCCUUCCUGGCUUGUCCAACUCCAGAUCUUCCGCUCUGUGCGAUCCCAGAGCUGCCCUGUGAUCCCUGACCGCCCUCGAGGCCCAAAUCUGAACCCAGGUGUCCAACCAAACAUGGAACCCACACUAGGCCUGAGCUGAUCUCCAUGUAUCCUGAUACCUUGUUCCUGGCAGGUUGUUCAAUUCUUCUAAUUAAACUAAGAUGUAAUAAAGGAAUUCAAAGAACAGAGAAGUGAAGCAGGACAGAGGACCAGAAACCAUGGUGUAAGGCCAUCUUGCCAGGCUGGUUCCCAGAGCACCCCCAGAGCCACCACGGGAUACGUCUACUGCACAAAGAUUUCUUCCACAAGAAGGAUAAGUGUUUGCUCUUCCCCUCUCUGCAAUACCACUUGGGUUUGAGAAAGUAUUCUUGAAUGACGUGUUUGUUUUGCAAUGUUGCCCCCGUGCUAGAUGUAUCUUUACAUGCACAUGCAUAUGAGAAUCUUUAGCUCUACUCCUUUUACACAGGUUCUGCGCUGGAUCUCUAGCUGUUCUUUUACCACCACUUUGGGGGUCAUCCCAUGUGACCCACUUAUCACUAUAAAAAAUAAUUCCUUGCCAAAAAGGUUCAAAGGAAACCAUGUCUUUAGGGAGCUCCAACAAAGAAUUCCCUCAUACUGGCAAGUAAUACUAGUUAUAAGUAUAUAUCACAAAAUAUGAAUAUGGCUUAAAUACGAAUAAUGAAUCUAAUGCUCUAAGAUGCCCCCACAGACCCUCUGAGGUGCUCUUAGAGAUCCCCCAAGGAUUGUUGAACCAUAUUUGGAUGUACGAACUCCUGAAUGCUAUCAAUUCUCCUUUAAAGAGAAUCUGAAGGUGGGUGGCAAUGUUCAUUCUCAACAGUUUAUCCUAAGUAGUUUAACACAUGAAUGUUGAUAACGGUACCUCUUGUUCUGAGCCUCCACUGCUAUCAGUGUUUUUCUCAAGGAUACUCGGGAAGGUUUUAACAUAGAAAGGCAGUGGAGGACUUGGGGGCAGGCAGCCCAGGGUAGCAGCCUUCCCCCAGGGGCCUGGGGACCACCCUGCCCUGAUUCAGUGUUGAAGGAUGGGAUGGAGGAUACCAGAAGGCCUCAGUUCUUGCACCGCCAGCACCACACUCACCACCUGCUUUCACAACCCUGCUGAAUUCCUGAGCAGACCCCCAGAUAAAAGUACAGACCAUGUAGAGUUUAUCUCUUGCAUGUCGGUUUUUUAUUUUUAUUUUUUAAACAAUAACAAUAGCAAGAAAGACAGGGGGGGAAAGAGAUGGGGAAAAAAAAGAAAAGAGAUGGAAGGAAAGAAGAAAGGAAAGAAGAAAGGAAGGAAGAAGCAACUUAUAAGCUGAUGUUGAAAUUUUAAGUCUCACUCCGCUGAUUUUAAACAAAAGGGCAGGCACAGCCACAUAAGCAAAAUGACUUCAUUUCUUAGGUGAACACAGGCCAUAAUGUAAUACAAUUUCUAUAAUUGCUGUCUUUUCUCAUUUCAUUAACAGUUCCAGAAACCAGAUACUAGUGGGGCGUGAAGAGAAUUUGUAUCUGGUGAUUCAAAUGCAAAGUUGAUUCCUGAAGCUUUUAACUGAGACUCCUUACCAGUGCUGGAACAUCCUGGCUGUUGGUUACUAAUUAGGAGGUUCGGGGGAGGCUCUGUGGGUCUGGUUUUUCACUUUAGCCAAAGGUUGUCGAGCACCUACCAUGUGCAAGACAUUGAGAGGGACAUCUGAACUCUUCUUGAUAUGAUCAUUUUAAAGGUGAAUAACUUCACCAUCACUUUGUUGGCCCUUCCUAGUGUUGACUUUCAACAUUCAAAUUACAACAGAAAUCCAGAACAACACAUUGCCCACAAUCCCCAAAUCUUUUUUUUUUUUUUCCCAAAUCUGAUUAAGUCAUUGUUUUCACUCUGCUCUCUUACCUCCCAGGCCUUAUCCAUUUGCAUAUACAAAUGUACAUAUUUGCAAUAAUACCAUAGAUGAGCUUUUAUAUUCCAGAUAUUCUCUGAACUUUAUUCUGUCCUUUUUUUUUUUCCUAUUUUUCUAUGAUGUUUAAUUCCUGCUUUCCCCAACCCAUCUGAUGCCUCCUUUCUGCUGAUCUGUAGCCUCCACAUUUUCACUGUGCUUAGGUAUAUAAGGGAGGGUUUUUUAAAAUUUGAUUGCUCUUUUAAAAAAUACCCUAAUUGUACCUAUCACAUGUAUCCCUGAAGCAAUUUGCCUCUGUGACUUAAUGCUGCAUCAGUUCAACAGCUAGCUAGUGAGCUAACUUGUCCUUUUAAAUUACUGUGUAAUAGUCCCUAAUACAGAUGGACCCUGGUUGAUUCAAUCACUUACUGUUGAUGGCCCUUCAGGUGGCUUCAGUUUCUCGCCACUGCAAACAAUAAAUGUCCUUGUACAGACA